GUAUCCUGGAGACCAAAGCCCAGGAAUCUGACGGAACUUCAGGAAGAGGGGCUUCUUCCAGGUGAAAAUGAAGGACCCUCCUGCUCUUGUCACCUGUGCUGAACAUGUCAGGGGUUAGAGCAAACGUGACUCGUAUCUCCUUCUUUGUCCUCUUUCUUUACUGUUGGGGAAUUACAAAGUCCCAGACAGUCCUCAAUGACCCAGGCCAAAAUCAGCAUCAACAACAUUUUAUCUCUAAACAAAGACAACUAGCAAAUGAAAAAUUAUCAGAGGCUAUUGAAAAAGCAAGAAGCAUAGAAAAAUAUGCAGCUGAGUCUCCUAGCAAUGUUUGGAUUAAUAAUAUUCUAAAUACCUUGGAGAAUCACUUGGGCAAAAUUAAAGGUUCCCAAGCAGAUGUUUCUCAAAUCAAAAAGGAAGAUAUUAAUGAAUUUAUUGAACGCUUUGCAGAGGCCAAAGACCUAGAUAAAGGAGUUCCUUUAAAAAAGACUCCUUUAUCAACAACUUCAAAGUCCAACAUGUCAGUUAUGGAAUCAAUUCUUCAAAAUCUUAAUAAAUCAGAUAUUCAUUCACCUAAACCGGCUCCUUCUCUACGGGUACUUCUGAAGAAUGUUAUUGUAACCUGUCUGACGGUGACAGGCCUACUGUUUAUCAUUGUUUUAUUACUGUAUAUAUUUGCUUCACUGUGUAUGAAGAGCCGGCCAAGGGAGCCUCCAGUAAACAACACAUAUAACAUUUACAUCACUGAGGAUAUGAAGAAAAAAUCUGCCUCCAUUAAGGACAUAUUCUCAGAAAAGCGAGAAGACACUGCUAGGAUGAGACCAGACACCCCAAAUCUCCGCUACUUACAGUCUCCAGGGCAUCUUAGAGACAAUGACAGCAAAGGAAAAUUAUUCAUUCAGAAUUCUAACUUCAACAAUAGAGCAUUUUUUGCUGGGGAUUUUGGGAAGGGACAGAUAAUGCCACUGAAUGGAUUAAUAAUUCCAAGUUAUAGAAACUUAAGAAGACCCAGAGAAUUUAUUUCUUCUUCAGAAUUAAGUGACUCUGAUGCUAUCCAGAAUGUAUUCCUACCUGAAACAAAUUGCUAUCAAACGUGUGAUGUUCCAGAUCCUCAUUUGCAAACAGAAUAUAUGAAGAAAAACGAUCCUAAUAAUGCCGGUGGGUCUCAGCAAGAUCCGAACAAGCUGAGUUUACCAUCUGAGCUAAAUGAUCUAGCCAGGAAGUCUCAGUAUAAUGCUUCCCUCGACUCACUGUAUUAUGCUGAAGAGACUCAGUCUGACAUAUACCCCUCUUCAUAUACAACAGAGAACUCAGAACUGGUAGAAAAUUCGCAAGAAAAGCAGUUAACAUCACGAGGGAAUGUUAGCUCUCCUAGCUGGCCUUCCCACUCGGACUAGAACUGAACAGUCCAAGGGUUCAAAUUCUCAUUUGUCAAUGUACUGUAAGCUAGUCCUCUUUCCACCUGAAAUCAUGGUAGAGCCCCAUAGAAUUCUGGAAGUUAUACUUUACUUUUGUAAUCUAGCCCCAAAAUAAAAAUUAUUUUUCAUAUCGGG